GUUCUUUGUAUGUUAAGUGGCACUACAUGUGCGGUGGAAUCCCAUUGUUUUGCUUUUAUAUGCUAUUAACCCCACCGUCCAUCCCAUCAACAUCUCCCUCUCUUCUUCUAUAUAUAUAAACUACUCUGCUACUGCCACUGCUUAACUAAACACCAUUCUUCUCCCUUCUGCUUCUUCUUUGUUCAAGUUAAUUCAUAGAGGAAAUGGGCGAGGAAACCAAGCAGGAACAACCGCCGGUGGAGGCUCAACCAGAAGAGAAGAAGGAGGAGAAGCCGGCGGAAGAAAAGAAAGAGGAACCAUCAGCACCGCCACCUCCUCCUCCUCCUCCUUUUGUCUUGUUUGUGGACUUGCAAUAUUGUGUGGGAUGUGCAAAGAAGAUUGAGAAAUCCAUCAUGAGGAUCAGAGGUGUGGAAGGACUGGUGAUCGAUAUGGGCCAAAACCAAGUGACAAUAAAGGGAGUAAUCGAACCCCAAGCAGUAUGUGCUAAAAUCAUGAAGAAAACAAAGAGAAGAGCUAAAGUAGUAUCCCCUUUGCCUGCAGCUGAGGGUGAACCGAUACCGGAAGUCGUCGCCUCACAGGUCAGUGGAUUAGCGACUGUGGAGCUUAACGUUGAUAUGCAUUGCCAAGCCUGUGCCGAGCAGCUCAAGAGAAAGAUACUCAAAAUGAGAGGUGUACAGAGUGCGGAAACCGAGCAUAUCACCGGGAAAGUCACAGUGAGGGGAACCAUGGAUGCGGACAAGCUGGUGGAUUACGUAUACCGACGCACGAAAAAGCAGGCGAGGAUCGUGCCUCAACCGGAGCCAGAGCCUCAACCGGAACCGGAGAAACAAGAAGAUAAGAAAGAGGGCGAAGAGAAGCCAACGGAAGAACCCAAACCGGAAGAAAACGCAGAGAAAAAAGAAGAAAAUCCCCCGGAAGAUCAAACAGACAAAAAAGAAGAUGGCGACGAAGACAAACAAGAGGAGAAGAAAGAAGCAGAAGGUAAUAUUAUUAACGAGGAGGAAUCCAUGAAGAGAAUGAUUUACUAUUACCAGCCGCUUUACGUUAUCGAGCGAAUGCCGCCUGCUCCUCAAGUCUUCAGCGAUGAAAAUCCCAACGCCUGCUGCAUUUCAUAGUCAUCAUCAUCAAAUGAUAACAAACAAACUUUAUAGCUAUGUUUUCGUUUUUUUUUUUUGUCACUCUCCUUUAAUUUUUUUAGUAUAUGGUGGAGAAGUAUAUAGAGGGUUGGUUGAGAUUCAUGAAUUAGAGUUUGUAAGGCUAAGUUUGAAUCUUACCACUGUCACUCUUGAUGAGCAAUAUAUAAACUUCUAUGUAAA